AUUGUAAUAUUUUGUCAACUUUGUGUGGCUACAUAAGUAAACACUGCAUUAACAACAUUGACUGAUUGAGUUGAACUACAAAUGAAUCAUGUUCUUUCAGUUAUUUAUUUCCGUAUAUUGAUAAACAGCUCACAGAACGCUAGUUUUGGCUCAUUAGUAUAUCUAGACUACUUCAAAGUAGAUCUUAGAUCUAGAAUUUAAUAGAAAUAAAAAACAAUAACUUUGAAAGCAGAAUGGAUUACAGGACCCUAUGUGAAUAUUUAAUAUUAUUUAUUACAGUUAUCAGGACUAAUGCAGAUGAACUAUCAGGUGACAUCUGUGAGGACUUAAUAGCUCAGACUGAGCCAUUAGAAGAAAUGAGUAAGCUAGUGUUUUAUUCUCACCUUCCAAAGGGUGGUAAAGAGGCAGGGACUUACUUAAAGGUGAAUGAUGAAGUCAGAAACUGGCAAGAUUGUGUGAUUCUAUGCUGUAGCAAUCCUGUCAGUUGUGAUGUAGCCUUGUACACCCUGUCUGUGUGCUACUACAUAAAGUGUAAUGAAACUGAUGCUAGUGGUUGCCAGCCUUUGAUGUCCCCUCUUCCCAAGCACAACAGCACUGUAAUGGUGUUCAGAAAUAUCAGGCAGUUGGAGUCACAUGACUUGAUAACGCAGCCACCGACGUCUGGUGAGACAUCAUUAACCACGACCGUGGCUCCAUCCUCGACUGUGGCCAGUUCAUCCGAAGCACCGUCCACGAACCACAAACUGGUGGGUCAGGACUGCGUCUACGGCAUGCUGGAGUGUGUCAUUGACGCCAUCUGUGAGGUCAAGGAGGACGCUGGCAGCAAAGUGGGGCAUUGCAAGUGUACAGAAGGCUUCACUGAGACGGUGGAUCAUCUUUGUGCGAAGACUACAGAUACAGGAAUACAGCCAAUAGAUAUACAGAAAGAGAGUCUGCACUCUACCACCAAAUCUCCCAUCGUCAUAACAGCCAGUCCUGUAACUAAACUGACUGUCUCAGCUGGGACAAACAAGACACUACAGCUUCCAGAGAAUUCUGUCAGCCUGACAGCCUAUGUGAUACCUGCUCCUGAAACAGGAGAAACAUACACCUAUGAGUGGCAAGCAUUGGAAGUCCCCCAAAAUGCAGAGACAGCCAAGAUGGAUGGGAAAAAUACAAAUACUUUGCAUUUAUCAGAUCUGGUUGUGGGCCUGUAUGUGAUCAAGAUCAAGGUGACUGGCAAUAACAAGUUUGGUGAAGCAGUUAUAAAUGUGACAGUCUUACCUCCAAAGCGAAACAACCAGCCACCACAAGCCAUCAUCGUACCUUCAUUUCAAGAAGUUUAUUUGCCAAAUUCUGCUAUUUUGGAGGGAUCUAACAGCAAGGAUGACGAUAAAAUAGUGUCCUAUAAAUGGGAAGAAGUGAGUGGUCCCUUGAAACAGGAUGAUAACUUGAUCUUAACAGAACAAAUGUUGACACUCAAAGACAUGGUACCUGGCAACUACACCUUCAGAUUAACAGUCACUGAUACUGAUGGUGCUACCAGCUCAGCACAAGCCAAUGUGACUGUCAAAAAAGAAAAAGACUAUCCUCCAAAAGCUGAUGCUGGCUCUGAUGUGGUGAUACACCUUCCGCAGACAUCUCUUAACCUGUCUGGGAUCAAAAGCUCAGAUGACAAGGGCAACCUGACCUACGAGUGGAUCAACUCUGGAGAUGAGAAGAUGACAGUGGGCAUGGUGGGUGUCAGGUCACCUGUACUACAGUUAAGUAAUUUGAACGUUGGUGACUACAAGUUCACAUUGAAAGUGACAGACUCGGCCGGCCAGACAGACUCCGCUGAAGUUCAUGUCUUUGUCAAACCUCAGACCAAUCACCCCCCUGAAGCCAAGACUGCUGGACAUUUACAAGUCUUCCUUCCCCAAGAGAGCUUAACCUUGGAUGGGAGCAACAGCACAGAUGAUUCCAGCAAGAUGGAGUAUGCUUGGAGUCAGAUUGAAGGGCCUACCUCUCUGACCAUCAACAAUGCUAAUAGUGUGGUUGCCCUGGCAACAGGGAACAUUUUGGAAGGAGACUAUAAGUUCCUUCUGACGGUGACAGAUGGAGAACUGCAGAAAGCAACUGACCAACUGAUUGUCACUGUUAAAAAAGAUAUCAACCUGCCCCCUCGAGCGGACGCGGGAGGAAACCAAGUGCUACAGCUUCCCAUCAGCCUUGUCACUCUGGAUGGUUCUAAAUCUAGCGAUGAUAGGGGCAUCACAAAAUACUUGUGGAAAAGGGACAGUAAAAGUCUGGCAGCUGGGGCUGUGGUCAACAAUUCUGAUCAUAAAGCUGUGCUUCAGUUGGUCAACUUAGUGGCUGGUCAAUACUUGUUCACUCUCACUGUAGAAGAUGCAGAUGGCCAGCAGAACACAGACAGCGCUACUGUCAUCAUCAACAAAAAUCCCCAUGAGAAAGAUGUGGUGGAGAUGUUGCUGGAUGCUGACAUCAAUCAUUUCACAGUCGCCCACAAGGAGAGUCUAGAAGAACAGCUGGAACUCAUGCUGCAGAAGUCACCAGAGGACAGAAACACUAUAGUAGAUUUUAUUUCCAUAUCAGAGGAUCUCAGCAAUGGACAUUUGUGCCUUAGGUUCCAAGUGUCCCACCGUGACAGGGACAUCAAGACUAUUGUGAAUGGAGUCCAAGCUCUGCAGACCCUCAAAUCAAAACUUGGCUCAGGGAGGAUCUUGGACUACUCUGUAGUUCGAGUUGACUUAUCAGUUUGUCAAAACAACUGCUCAGGUCACGGCCACUGUGAUCAGAAAAGCAAGCUUUGUGUCUGUGAGGCCUUCUGGAUGCCCAAUUUUUUCACGUCUUCUCUGUUUGGGUCAGAAAGUAAUUGUGAUUGGAGUGUGCUAUAUGUUGUCAUCAUAUGUUUCAUCAUCCUUGUAUCCAUCAUCAGCGCAAUCUGGGCAAUCAUCUGCUGCUGCACAUCUAAAAAUACAAUAAAUACAACGCCAUGCUGCUGGCUGGCUCGGAAAUGUAAGUUUACAUUAAAAACCAAAAGAAGACAUCGGUACUCAUUACUUCAUGAUGCAGAUGAAAGUGAUAAAGACAAGCUAGAGAUGUUAACAAAAGGUAAAAUACAAAACAGCAGCGUUAUGAUCUCAGAGUCUGACUUGUCCAGUGAUGAAGAGACUCUGUUUAUUAGCAGCAAGAAGCUUUCAAAUGGCAUCAACGGUAAGGUGACCAACAACAACCUGCGGCCAGGCCACAAGAGUAAGCUCAAAACAUGACUAUUCAACAUGGCCUUGGAGCUGACCUAUUGACCUCUGCAUGUGAUGACCCACUGACUUGUACUGAACUGUUAACUAUGAAUGAAUUCGUUGACUAAAAAUGAGUUUUUGGACUUUGACACUUGGUAAUAUUGUGAUAAUUUGUAUGUUUUACGUGGGCAUACUAUACAAUGUAGUCUUGGUAGUUAUAUCUUCCUGAGUAUGAGCCUCUUUGAUGCUGUAGCAUAAUGCCUAAAGGCCCAAGUCAAAGGUCUUGGUUCAGUUCUGAUUGAAAUUAUAAUUUAAUCAAUUACUGAAAUUCAUUAGUCCAGUUAGAUUUAAGGGAUUUGUAUCCUCAUAAACAAAUGUUCAUGUGUCUUCUCCUUUUACACUUAAGACCUCUAGACUUAAAUAGAAGCUUCACAGUUGAAUAGAUGUAGUUGAUAAGGCAGGUAGCAGGGGCUUAAUGGCUGAAUGAAAGAACAACUUUCCUCCUUUAGGCUUAUUAAAGUAAAAGACUAAAACUUUGUAUCAGUGAAUGAGUUGUGAUAUCUUCAUCACUGGUUUCAGAAAUUCCUUACUGCAUCAGAUAUAUCUUGUACAUAGAAUUAGUAGGUAGUAUCUUAAAUGUCUUAUUGAGAGAGAGGUAUCAUUGUUUUCUGAAUAGGAGCCAUUUCAAUGCCAUUUUUAAUUUCCUUGAACAAAUUCCAACUGGAUUUUAAUUUUCCAAAGUGAAAAAAAUUACAAACAAAAUUUUUUAAGAGAAUUUAAUUCAAAAUGGUUUAUGUUUCAAAUAUUUUGUGGCAUAAUCCCAGAGCUUGUGUUUGUAUAGAGACUCUUUAUCUCCUGUCUUCUUAAUUAAUACUUUGUUUUGUUUCAUGGCUUUGAUUUUUUAAAAUCUCUUCCAAAACUGUUCUCAAAGCUAGGGCUUAUUUAGUGUUUUAAAGACAAUAGUUGUUUCAGAAGACAUUCCACUAAUGACUUGCUUCACUUGUUUAUUUUAUUAUUGGUAUUUUUUAUUUUAUUGAUUUGGUUCAGAUUGAAGAUCACUAUUUUCAUUUGAGAUGUAUUGUAUUGUAUUUGUUAAGAUGGCUUGCAAAUGUUUUUCUUUUAUUGAUCCAGUAUGUGACAUAAUUGUUCCAUGUACAUUUUGUCUACACAAUCCAAUUUUUUUUAUAUAUACAGUUUGACCUAUAUUCACUAGAGUCUUUUCUAUGGGAAGCAUUAUAAAAACAAAUACUUGAUCCAAAUCUACAAUUAAUAUUCAUUCUUAUAUAGUCUUUUAUUAUUAUUUUCUUUAGAAACAGUUUAUUUUCUUUCUUAAAUUUGAUUUGUGUAUUUUCAAUCCAAAUUUUUUAAAUUUUAUUUUAUAAAAAAAAAUAUUUUGUCACAGACCAUUUAUAAAGUAGGGUUGCCCUGGGUGGUUGUGAAGUUCAUUGUCUAGUGAGAUUCAUAACAAACGAAUAUUCACACUUAACUAGAGUAACACCUUUAGUUAAAUCACUAAAUUUAGAAAGCCUUCAGGAUAGAAGACUUACAAGUAAAGUAGCAAUUAUACAUAAAACACUGAACCAUAAUCUUCAAAUACAAAAACAAAAUUUAAUAAAAUACUCUGAAAGACACAAAAAUUAAGGCACAUUCCUCAUCCCAUAUGCUAGGACAAAUUUGUACAAAUACUCCUUCUUCCCUAGUGCUAUUAGAGCAUGGAAUGGGUUGCCUGAGCUAGCCAGGAAAACCAGUGACUUGUAGAAUUUAAGUCAUUGGUUAAUAUGCAUAACUGAAUGCAUGAUGCGUAGGACGUAAUCAUCUUCUUUUUUGAAGUACUGUCUGUAUUACAUAAGAUAAGAUAAGAGGUUGGAUCACUGACAAGCAACUCCAAACCCUAGUUCAGUCUUUUUACAAGAACAUCUUAACAUCUAACAGUGGAGCAAUAGCAUACUUUCAAAGGAGACUCAAUUCAUAUGUAUAGUUAAUAAAACACUUCAUUAAAUUAACCUAUUUACAAUAGACGUCAUGUGGAUCAUCAGAUCAAUUCAACAAAAAGUAGUUAAGUACAUCAUCCAACACGAACUCUCUAGUACCUUUGAUGGGAAAAACUUUCCUAUUCUAACAACUUGUGACUAACUCUCUCAAUCUCCUGUCUCCGACUCCCACUAACUCUCUGUCUCCCAUCACCAACUCUAACUCUCUCAGAGCUCAGUCACCAGCUAACUUAAAAUGGUACACACCUAUUUAACAAUACACACAUUCUUGUGGACCUGUUGACCAGGAUCUCAUCAUCUAGUGCUAGCAAUAGUCAACCUUUCAACACCCUAGGUUGAGUAAAACUCUCAAAUUUAGCCUUACCAUGAAUUCAAAGAAACAAAAAUGGUUUGUAACAAAAGUUACAGCUUUAAUUUUGUUUCAAAAGGUUUGAUUUUUAUUAAUAGUUAUGGUUAGGCUUAUGAGAUAAGGUUUUGCUUUUUUUAUAUUAUUAACUAAUCUUUUUUUAUUGUGGAAUCAUAUUUUUUGAAGCUUUUGAAAAUCAUUUGUACUUAGCAGGUGAAGUCUACGAGAUAAAAAGUCUUUAAAAAAAAAACUUGAUAUUUACAGAAAUGUGUUCAAUACAUUUUCCUUACUGCUUGAAUAAGUGUCGUUGGUAAAAUAAGUAGAAUCUUAGUUUAGAGCAGUGCUUCUCAACCUAUUACUUAUGAUUCAACACCCACCUUUCAUCAAAAAAAAAAGUCUUAGCCAGCUAGGACAUUUUGGGAAUACUUAUUUUCCUUCAUACUUCUGGCCCCUCCAAGGGGCUGUUUCUCCUAGUGAGAUAAGAAAGUCUUGGUCAAGCAAAUUAAAAUUGAAAAAGGGGUGGGAUGGGCUGAUACAAAAAAUUUUAGAAACAUUUGAGAUGCAUACAUUAAUAAUGGUGUUCACUUUGACGUCUUGUAGCAGGCCUGUUUUUAUGAAGCAUAAGACCUCACCAGAAAGAUUGUACAACAGAGAGAAAGAAUCACAAAAACAAUAUAAAUUUUCAAAAAUAAUUUUGUUUUACUAGACCAAUAUUCAUGCAUGGAUUUAUAGCCACAAUGCUAAUACAAAUUUUGUGUCCCUUUAAAACAAAAAUCCCCUUGCCAACAUAGCUCACCUCUUGGCAGGUUGAGAAACACUAAUUUAGAGGCAGAAACAUUUUGUAAAAGUCUUUAGAAACAGUAAACUAAUUAAACUUAUGGAUACUAAAAAAUGCUUCUGUGUCUGAAAGUUUGAAUUUCCAAAAGUGGAGUUGAGCAGACCAAAGAUAACUUUAUGCAAGAAGAGUGCAGCAUUUUGCAAUAACAUUAAACAUCAGUAGUUGUCUUCUCAUCAGAUAUUAAUUUCAACAUUGUUUCUUGUUAUUUGCUCUCUGUCUUUCUUAGAUAUUAUUUUUGCUCAUGUAAAUUUACAUUUUAUUUAUACAUCUUCUUUGUUUGAUUUAGUUUUGUUUUGCUCUGGAAUGUAUGUUAUAAUAUGGUAAUAACAUAAUCUGGUAAUAACAUAAUCUGGUUUUGUUUAUCAGUAAUGAGUAGCAAGUAUAAUACAUACUAGACCAAGUAGAGCAGGCUCUACAAAUAUUUCCUUUAAUGAUGUAUAUGAACAGAAUCAUUAGAUCUGGUCAGUGGUCCUGUAAUAGCUUCAGCUUUCAAAUCUUAGAAAUAAUUUGUGAUAUGGCUAACAAUGCUAUGUUAGUGAGACAGUGAAUUAUGAUGCAAAUUCCAGCUAAUGUUUCCUUUGUAUAAAAUAGUGAAAAUUAGCUAAAGAAAAUGUAUACAUUCGGAACAUGUAUGGAAAGAUAUGUCAUAAUUGAAUUAAACUAAAUCCACGAGACUGCAUUUGGAUAUUAGUUAGUCUAGGGCUAGUAAAAUAAUUUGACUAAUCCCAGACCCUUCAGAAGGGAGGGUAUAUGUUCAAAAUAUUUUUGUUUUAAUUAAAAAAAUGCCAUAAUUGUUUUAUUCACAAAAGGGAGAUAACUAAAUGGUGUUCUUAAAUACAUAAGUAGGUCUUCAAUGUAUAGAUUUCUUAAUCUGAAUAUUUUCUUAGAUUCUUUCUUGUUAUCUCUUUGUCUAUCUUUUUUUUUAAACAUCUAACAUCGUAGGAAAUAGAGCAAAAACUUAUAAUAAUGACCACUUCUAGCUCAAUGUACUUUUUUGGCUAUAAUACUUGAUGCAUUAUAUUCAGCCUUUUUCAAAUAGAAGUUUCAAGAUUGUAAGUCUUUUCUAGAGUAAUAAUAUUAAAUAUUUGACUACAAAAGCAAAAGAGCUUGUUGCAUUGUUAGAAACUUGGUGGACAGAUUUAAAAAUCACAAAAUAGAAAAUCUGAUUUUAAAAAAUCUUUUUUUUUUUUUUCUAACAGUCUUUAAUGUAAAUAUAUAUAUCUUAUGGUUGUGCACAGGCUAGAGGGUUACGAUGGACUAAUUUGUUCCUUCAAGUGAGGAAAUACAGAAAUGAUAACAAUUUAGGGCAAUGAAAAACAAAAUGUGUUUCUGGUGACGCCCAUCCUCUGGGAUUGUAUAUAAGAUCUUUGUACAUAUAAACUUGAGGGUGCAGUAAUAUAUUGUAUUUAUUUUGCUUCUCUUCCUGUAAUGAUGUUUUGAUGUACAUAGCAACAGUAUUUAUUUAGUCCUGCAGUGUGUUUGUUCAACUUGAUGUUGAUACCAAGUUGCGUGUCAUCAAUGUCAACUCUUAUAUAGUUAGUUAACUCCCCUUGUGUUCUGGACCUCGACUUGCCUUAAGUGCUCUACUCUUUGAGUGUUGUUCAGUGUACAAUCUGGAUAUAUUUGUGUUUUUCAUUUCAUUGGGUUCUGUGUUUGCAGACUGUAUCAUCUGUCUUGACUCUUAAGUUCAUUUUGCUUCACUGAUUGUUUAAUAAGUUGUUGCUGAGUAGUUGUUUUCAAUCAAAUCAUAAGUUGGGUAUCAUUCCUAUGAUGUUUGUACACAUAAGCUUCAAGUAAUAAUUCUCUAACAUUAACUAAUUUUUUUGGACUGGAUAGUGAAUAUGAGCGAUGAACUAUAAAACUAAUUAUAUUUUGUACCUUGACUUUAAAAAUCUUUAUUAUUUUAAUUUCAUACUAUUAACUUUACUCAGUAUAGGUUUAGCCAUGUCUAUAUUAUAUAAGCUUAAUUCUUCUGGUCUCAUUAGUAUUUAUAAAUCUGGAGAAAAUAUAAACUGAUUAAGUAAAAAAGCAGUAGUUCCCGGGCUGCAUCACAUAAAAAAAGAAGUCAAAUCCAUUGAAAUCGAGUUUCUGUAACUUCACUAUGCAUUGUGGACAGAAAUUUGGGAAAGCCUGGCCUGUGGACUGCAGUUUGGGCAUCACUGGUUAAAAGUAAUCUGUAUAUGUGCACUACUUUUAAAAGCAAUACAUUUACUGUCACUAGACUUUAUUGCUUUUAUUAGCAUAUAUCUUUUUAUUGCCUUUAUUAGCGUAUAUCUUUUAUGUUUAAGUUUGACUCUACACAAUAUAUACUUUGUCUUGUUUUUUUGUUGUUGUUUUUUUUUUUUGGGGGGGGGGUGUUUACUAAUUGUGUCUUCAAAGUCAUUUUAAUAAAGGACUUUUUGAUUCUCAUAUUGUAAGUCUUGAUGUGCUAGCAUCAUCUGAACUAUAUUCUGACUUCCAUGUGUAUGUAACAAAAAUCUCUUAAAUAAUGAAACUGAUCUUCAUUCAAUUUGUAUUAUGUAUUCCCUAUACCAGCUUCAAAUAAAUCCAGUGUGAGAAAGCUGAUCCUUAAUUUUGGUUAUUACCAGCAUUUGUUCCUGAGAAAAGAACAAUACAAAGUUGAAGUAUAACUAUACCUCUUUAUGCAUAAAAAUACAGUAAUUUCAUAAAUACUAUGAAAUUCAGAAAUGUAAAAUUUAUGAAUGUUACAUACUUCACAUUUUUAAUCAUUAAAUAUAAUUAGUUAUAAUUUGUAACUGAGAAGCAGUUGUCCUACUUUGCUUAGACAAUUCUUACAAAUAUUUGUAAAAAUAAAUGGUUCAGCUCUAUUACUUCCUUUUUCUGGUACAUUGUGCUUUUAAAACUUACUUCUUAGUAUGUUACCAUUCAUACUAAUUUAUAUUUCUUACCAACUGUUGAGAAGUUAUUAACCUUCUAGAUUUUUUUGAAAAAAAAAAAAUGCAUUAAACAUUAAGCAAAUGAAUGAAACCAAAAUACGUUCCAAAUACUUUUGAUUUGAUCAUUUCUUAUCUUUUGAUGUGCGCUGGAUAGGAUGUUUUGAAAGAUAUGCACUGAGAUGUAGUUCAUAUUUAAAACAAACUUUUUGUUCAACAAACAAAUUUUUUAAAAACAAUUAAACAAUUAUUCUUAUCACAGUGUUAGAUAGGGUACAAAUACUUAACGUGCACUCUGCUCAUGUCAAAUCACUUAUUUAUUUUGUAGUUUAUGACCUGAACUAGAAUGAAACUUGUCACCUAUAUUCUCACUUGAGAUAUUCAACAGGGUCCAGCCUGUACAUAUAUAAGCCUGUAUUCCAUUCAUGUGUGUUGUCUUGUGUUCACUCUGACAAAGUUAAAGAUUGCUGAACAAACAUUGCCAACAUUCAACUUACAUUUGUCUUAGCUAGAAUAAGUAUUGCUUUUUGUUUUGUUUUGUUUUCCUUCAUUCCAGUUUUCAUUUUACGCAUAUUCUAACGCUUGAAUUCUCAAGCCUAUUUGCUUUGGUAUCCUAAGGGAUGAUUUUUUUCUAGUAUAAACUUAUUAGUAGAUCUUAGUUGGAACAUUUUGUGACAGGAAAAAUGUAUGUGGGUCUUACCAUUUUUAAUGAUGAAAGUUUAUAAGAUCAACAUUGAUAUUUAAGAUGUGUUAUGGCCUGCUCUGCAAAUGUUGACAUUAUAGUUCUUGGUUUAAAUCCUGCGACUUCUUACCAAAAGCUUUAGGCAUAAACAUGAAAAAAACUUUCAUUAAAAAAUGUUUUCAUUUUUUUUUUUCAUCAUCAAGUAUUUUCCUGAAGUCUCUAUGAGACCAAUAUUCCCAUUUCCUAUUAAUUUUUCCCUAUGUUCCAAACUGAAUUACAAUGGGAGUUUUCCAUCAAACACAUUCUGAGAUUAUUUCAAAUGCUUCUGUUGUCUUUCAAUUUUAUGGCCACCAAUAUUCAAUGUAUUUGGUUUUAUUUAGUUUCUAAUUUAUUCCAUUGUGUAAUUCAUUUGUAAAUUUAAUCAUUUUGAUUUUUUUUUCAAUCAUUUCUUUUUCACCAAACAACUAACUUAGUGAAGAAAUUUUGUUGUUGUAUUUUGCUAAGAUAAAUGUGUGUACUAUGCUAAAAAGAAAUUUGAUUAUUGCUAAUUUUAAUUGCAUGGGACUUUAGCCUAUCCACCUUUUCAAAUGAAAUAAGGCCUCUUUAGCUACUUUUUUAUAUAUAUAUUUAAUCAAAUCCUGUUACCUGGUAUUUUAAAAGAAGUGAUUAUUCUUUUCAGAAUUACUAAGUCCCAAAGCAAAAAACAAUUUGUUAUGCAAAUAACUAUUCCUGUUUUUAUAUUUGGUCUAAAAACUCAUAUUAUGGCGUGCAUAUUGUCUGUUUUUAAUUAUAAAAUUAUGUGACAGUGAGUUCUGUUUCUGUAUCCAAGUUUCCAGUACAGGAAAAAAAAGAUUUUUUGUAUUUUACAAUAUGACCAAACGUAAUUUCAUGACAAUAAAUACAACAUUUUAAAAAAAUG